AUGAUUGAGGUUCAAAGCGUUGGCAAUGCCAACGAACCUAUGCAUGAUGCCGAAAAAGAUGCAGCUUUAGCUGUGGUAGGCGACUUUGCGCAUGAGAUUGAUCCAAUCGUUGCCAAAAUAGUGCUACGGAAAAUUGAUCUUUACUUUAUGCCUGCAAUGUUGAUCGGCUAUGGUAUUGUUUACUGGGAUAAAGCUAUUCUGGGCAGUGCAUCUCUUUUUGGUAUGACCACCGACUUAGGAUUGUCGGUUGUGGACUAUUCAACAACCCCGGCGACAACUGAUACGUCCCGCCUUAGUUGGGCAACCUCCAUCUUCUACUUUGGAAUGCUUGCUGGUCUGUACCCUAUGACUUUGGUAUUGCAAAGGUUCAACCUACGCUAUGUAUUUGGCCCUGUUGUUUUACUCUGGGCCAUUACUUGCGCUUCAACAGCCGGUGUGACAUCCUGGAAGGGAUUGUAUGUGCAGCGAUUCUUCCUCGGUGUCAUCGAGAGUGUCAUUCCAACUGGCUUCAUGACUAUUGUCAGUGGUUAUUACACUCAAGAAGAGCAAACUCUCAGACAGGCUUGGUGGUUCUCCGGAACUGGAUGGUUCACCAUCAUCGGUGGUGCUUUGAACUACGGAUUUGGUCAAAUCACAUCUGGUGCUCUCACCAGCUGGCAGUACAUCUACAUCUUCGCCGGUGCACUUACCUUCUUGUUUGGUAUUUGGUGUUGCACCAUGCCAAACUCUCCUGUUACCGCAUGGUUCCUCACUCCCGAGGAACGGGUGGUUGCUGUAGAGCGCCUUCGAAGGGGUCAGACGGGUGUUCGAUGCCAACAGAUCAAGAUGGAUCAAGUCAAAGAGGCAUUCACGGAUGCUAAGGUCUAUCUGGUCGCUAUCAUGAUGGGGGCAGCGUACACUAUCAACGGAGCCGUUUCUGGAUUCGGGCCGCUCAUUGUAGCCACCUUUGGCUAUGAUACCCUUGACUCGAUCCUUUUCCAGUUCCCUGUGGGUGGAGUGUGUCUCAUCUUCAUUCCUUUGUGUGGAUACAUUCCCACCAUCAUACCCAACACACGUAUCAUCAUGCUUAUUGCGUGCUGUCUUCCCGUCAUUGCUGGUUGUACUAUGAUCUGGAAAUCCCAAUGGGGAUACCACCCAGCUACUCCGGUCGCUGGUUAUGCUCUCGCUGGUUUCUUUGGCCCGGUCGUCAGUCUUAUUAUUACAAUCGGUGCCAGUAACGUUGCUGGAGCUACCAAGAAAACCAUCAUGGCUGCGACCACCUUUGUGGCGUACACCGUUGGAAACAUUAUUGGGCCUCAGCUGAUCAAGAGCAGCACGAAGGCCCAGCAUUAUCCUGAGUUGUGGAAAGGUAUGAUUAUUUGCUAUUGCAUUACUAUUGCAGCGGCGGUUGCGUUGUAUACCAUUCUGUGGAGAGAAAACCGUCGCCGUGAUGAAAUGGAGCUUGACGAGGUGCUGCGAGACAAGAUUGCUUUCGACGAUCUUACGGACAAGCAAAACCCGUUCUUCAGAUAUGUUCUGUGA